CAUCCGAGUCUGAUUAUCUGCGGUCCGUGUGCAGCGAGUCGAGCUCAUUCAUCAUGGCUCAGCCGAAAAUAUCCGUGGACGCUCCGUCUAAAUUAUGGAUAAGUACCGUGUUUGUAGUCAUGGUUGUUCUUCAAGUCGCAUCGACUACUGGAUUAUUCGUUUAUCUCAAUAUGUCAAUGGCUCAGGCCCGGAGUCAGGGUGUGUCUGAGGAGCUGCGCUGUCUUGGGCUGCUGAACGCUCUGGAGAAAGAUCAGGAGGUGCCGGAUGGUCUGGUACAGCUCUUUGGUGAACCAUGCAUCAGACUUGCUGAAGGAAUUAAGACAUAUAUAUCCAAGGUUACAGAAAACAUCAUCUCUCAGCACAUCUUUCAAGAAAGACAAACAGCCGAGACACGUCUGAAAGUUCUCAAUGGUGGGAACCAGCGGCCCUCUGCUCACCUCACCCUCCGAGACAAUGGAUUACAAGGCCCAACAUCUUUAAGUCCUCAAAGAGACCUCCACCAGUCCUGCCGUCACCCUGUACGUUCCUGGGGAAACCAGAGCUUCGGCACGCACCUGCACAACAUGACAGUGUCCAACGGGCGGCUGCGGAUCCCUCAGACGGGACGCUAUUACCUGUACGCUCAGGUCUACUUCCGGUACCUCACACUGUCCAACACCGAGUACCAGUCCAGCUCAGAUAGCCAGCAGGUGGUACAGUGUGUGUAUAAGAAGACGGCUUAUGCACAGCCCAUUCAGCUGCUAAAAGGAGUGGGCACCAAGUGCUGGGCCCCGGACAGUGAGAAUGCCCUCCAUUCCAUCUACCAGGGAGGUAUGUUCGAGCUGCGAACAGGAGACGAGAUCUUCGUCUCAGUGUCCUCUCCUACCGCAGUGCAUGCAGAGGACUCGUCCAGUUACUUUGGAGCCUUUCGCUUUGACCUCUGAGCCCUGCUCAUUGGGUGUCUGAAGCGUUCAGUGUGUGGACUGUGAGAAAAAGGAAAAGAGUGGGUGGAACAAGGAAGGAUCUGUGAAGCUUCCUGUUUACUCAGAAACUUCCAUGAAGGGAGAUCAAAUGACUCAACUACAGACUAAUUGGGUGCAGAAGGCACAAGCAGCUAUUAAAACCAGAAGGAUGCUUCAUAGCAGGCUGCAAAGAAAAGACAAAAUGAAUUCUUGUACAAAACCUUGGAUAAAACUCCUCAAGUAAUCAUUGCUCUUUACCAAGGAGUAUUACAGAUGACGUGAGUUUUUUCUCUCAGAAAUGCGCAGUGGGAUCUUGAAUGGGACUCUAAUGGGUGGUCCAGAGUUUGUGGGAACACAGCUGAGGAAUUUCAUGAAUUUACCACAAAUUAGUCUGGGUUUAGAGCACCACAACGUAUGGCUAUACAAACACACCAGUGCUCACAGCUGGUGUGACAGAGAUUUAAACAGUCCAAGAAAAUAUAUGAUAAAAACCAAACAAACAGUCGAUCAGCUGAAACGUUUUUUGUGUGUGCUUCUUAAGUUUCAUUUGCACUGGAGCUACUAGUCUAAAAGUCAGUCAAGCUUAUACCCUUUUAGUGAUGUGAAUUCCAACUCUGUUCAGUGAGUCAGAUCAUUUGGCUCAGCUCACCAAUUCACACGAAGGAACAGCUCAGAAGUUCAAAGGAGGUUUGCACUGAAUCAUUUAAAGUGGUUAGUAAAAAUGAAUGAAUGAAUGAAUAAUGACAUUGCCUAUAUUAGCAAUUAAGUAUUAUAUACGAAAAAAACAUCAUAUAUGCGAGCCAAUUUGUUCAAGAACAACACAUCACUAAUACCCCCAGUUUAACACUGUGCAAAAUGCAUGUUU